UUAUUUCUCUCAGUGUAAAAAAUAAUUACGCACAAUUGCUUUGUAAAAAAAAAAAAAAAAAAAUUGACAAUAAUUGAUGAAAUUAUUAGAACAAAAUUAAAUUUAGAAAUUUUUAUAAACUAAUCGAAUUAACGAAGUAAUUUAUAGAGAUGUGUAUACUUAUAAUUACCUAAGUAAAGAUAUUAAGUAUUGAUUGAGUGUAUGUCAUUAGCUGGGAGGUGCUGCGAAGUCUGUGAUAAUAACUGAAUAAAACAUAAGUGUAAAAUUACACAACUACCACUCUACGUAUAAUUAUUGAUAUGUCUUCUGAUAAACGGCAAAUAACAAUUUAAAUAGAUGAGAAUAAAUAAAUCUUAAUUAUUGCUCAGCAUAUCAAGAAGACUUGUGCAUUUAAUGACAUACAGCAAGGCAGUCUAACUAAUAAAAUCGUUUUAUAACUGUGUAAUAUAUUAAUUAAUAUAUAUAUAUAAAUAUAUUAAAUAUGUACAUGUAAGAAUUAUAAAUGUAAUUAUGAUUUGCAAGUAUGUUUACUUGGAAAAUAAAACAAGUGUAAGUAUUAAUUGUGCCAAAGUACACGGUGUAUGUUACUCGAGUGUAUAUAUAUAUAUAGCACAAGCACUUCAACUUGUAACCUGUUUCUUUUAUUAAAAUAAAAAAUAAAAAAUCGUUAUAAAAUUUUGGGUUUAGAUUUUUAGAAAAUUUUUUUAGAUCUCCAAUAAACAUUAUUUAUAAAUUAGAAGGAUUUAGUGACAUGUGUAUUCUAUUGUACAGUAACUAAACAUCACGGAUGUAGAGUGGACAGCGGGAUAGAAGAGCGUGGAGGGGGAAAUUACAGAGAGAGGGUAAUUUCAGUGGGGUUCUUCCUGUGCCGGCUUGUACAGAAAAUAAUAUUCCGGGUAGGGGUGCUUUUCAACCCCAGUGUUGUCGCGACGCGCGCGUUUGAAGGACGCAUUGAAUUUACACUCCGUCGAGCCGAAAAUUACAAAACUUUAAUUGCUAUUUAUUUUAUUGGACGGUUGGAAAAAUUUAUUGUUAAUUUUUUUUAUAAUUAAAAUGAGGUGUUGGUUUGUUUAUUAAUUUUUUUUACUAUUACUGGCGUCUGAUUUUCCGGAAAAAUAACAGAAUUGAUUCGAGGAAGAGCGAAGAUAUUUGCUGUUGGAAUCACGCCAGAAAUAACAAGAUCAUCUUGUGUUUUUAUCCGGGAAUGCUCAAAAAAUCGCAACAAUGUCAACAGGACUAUGUGACGUAUCGCAAGCCGGGAAAGGAGCAAUAGUCAGAUUACGGAAGUGAAGGAAUAAGGUGCUCUUUCUGGAGCUAGUUACCGAUGAGUAAGUGGACAUGAAGCGGCCGUCCAAAUGGUCGCCGUUACGGAUUCUAAUUUUCAUUUUUCUCAAAUGUGGCACAAUGGAACCAAUAUUGGCGAUGGAAGAUACCUUUUUUUCUCGACUAGUUGUCGCGGCGUCUCACACAGCCCUGUCAGGAGAUCUAGCAGUCCUAAUUAUAAAUUUAUCAGCUUUGGACCACAUGAAAACCACGACGAGCACCACAACUCAAAUACCGGAAAUUUCAACGGUUGGGAAGACAACUGCGCGAACAAGGACGAAAAUAACUACGACAACGACUACAGAGGAGGCUGAUAUUGUUAUGGAACAAGAAGAGGAAGACGAUAAUGAUGAUUAUGAUUCUUGGCAACCGCAACCCGAAUAUGAUCCUUUUGUUUUACGUGUUAUGCGCUUGGACGGAUUUUCAUCAGAAUUAAUUGGCGAAGUACCGAUCGAGAUUUCUACAUCAGUUGCUAAUAUUACACUUUCGAUUCCGUGUGGGUUUUUUUCAAGGGGUGGUGCAUACUCGUUGCAAUUACAGCGUAAAUCAGUUCCGGCUAGCGACAAAUUUAUGGAUACCAAUGGCGUCCAGAUGAGGACAACAUUGGACGUGAGAUGGCCAACACCCUCGCUAACUCUAGAGCCCCAGCAUUUUAAUACCUAUCCAGAUCAGCCAGUUCUCGCGACACUAGAGUACACAGGAAUAUCAUGUGCACCCGCAAAAGGAAUUCCCGAAGACACGUAUUCGCUUCAACUUGUCUACUGUGGUGCUAGCGUACUGUCAUGCGAUCCGCGAAAUAAAACCAACAUUCAGAUGCUUUACUCUGAAGAAAUAGCAGGAUUUCCAUCGCAAAAAAUCCUGAAGCUCCGGUGCGAGUUUUUCGGGCUCGCUGGACACUACGCUUUGAGACUGAAACCGUCUGACGUUAAUUCAACAGCACCAACUACUAGUGCAUACAUUAAAGUGGAAGUUUCGAAUCAGUAUGUAUUCAAUGUCCACGCUCGCUCAGUUUACCCGUGUGACGGAAACUCUGGAGGUCUGUCGGUCCUCUUCGAGUACCCGUCCUGCCGUCUACAAGACGAUCGAGUUCGCGUUUACGGGCGUCUGAGAGCCGACGUGGCAUCACUCGCGCCACCCUCAACUUUGCACUACGUUGCUGAAUUAAAAGCACCGCCUGGGAAACAUACUCUCACCUUUGACUGUGAAAUAUUUACCGAAAAAUUCGUCGAGUAUUGCUUCGUAUACGUCAGUCAAGCUAUCAACGGCGCAAUGGCUGAAGUUAGAGUCGAUUGCAUUCCCACGUUUCCCAUUCAAGACAGCGACGCUGGAGGAUGGGGUGACUGGAGCCCUUGGGGGCCUUGCAGUAGUACGUGUGUUGGAGGUGUCCGGAAUCGUUUCAGAUUCUGCGACAAACCGCCGCCACGUUACGGGGCUAAAUUCUGUCAAGGAAAAGCUGUCGAGUCCGAGGCUUGCGGUGGUGCUGGCGGGCUCGAUCUUGAAAACACGUGGUCUGCUGCCGAGUGGGAGUGUAAACACGGGCAAGGACUCGCGGCUGAGAGACCAGAGGUUACUGCUGAGGUAGGCACCAAGUGCCGCUGCGGCUGUGUUGUCAAUUUACGUAACGAAACUAUAACCAGAAAAAUUUUGGCUGCAAGCACCCAGGCUUGUCCCGGCCGAUCCUUUUGGCUUAUUCAAACUGAGCCCGGAUCGGUUGUCAAGCUUCACUUUGAUCAAACUAAAUUUCCGUGUUCUGGUCAGUAUGUCAGAGCACGAGAUGGGGAUUCUUUGAGUGCUGAGCUAUUGGCAGAUGUCGCUAUUGACAAAAAUACACCGGAGUCGGGGACUGUUAUGUCAACAGCCCAGAGCUUGCUGUUGGAAUUUUUUAGCGAUGAAAUAACUGUCGCGAGAGCUUCAUGCAGCGGAGGGUUUUUAGCCCACGUCUCAAUAUUCGCAAAAUCUCAACCAGAAAACGUAACAGAGGAUACAACGGCUGUGCUCAUUGGACCAAAAGUCAUGGCAGCCGCGGGAAAAUGGGCACUAUGGUUCUCACCCGCCCACUUGGCAGCAGCAUCACUCCUGCUUCUCAUGUUUCUAGUUUCCAUCUUCUUAGCAUUGCAAUAUGCCGUAAAGUACAGAAAAUACCAGGUUGCCGAGGAUCUGGAUAGUUUGACCGACAACUCAACGUGCAGUGGAUCUAUGCAAGGACUAGCACGUCGUGCAAGAGCAUUAUCUUCAGCUACUCUUAUCUCCGAAGUAGUAUCUCUUGUAAGAUUAACACGUAGAAGACCCUCAGGGCACGGUAGACUGGAAGAGACGUCUGGUGAUCUUGAGGAUGGGUACGAAAGUACCGAAACUCAGGCCGACAUGGAAGGUGAGGAGGAAGCUAAUGCAGAGACCGGGACUUUGAAGCUUAAAGAACAAGAAGAUAUUAACGGCUCGCAAAAAACCAUAGUCGCAAGUGUUAAAAGUACACCUUCACGUCGGUCUUCAUCAUCGAGCACAUUAACUUCGAUAUCCGGGCAACCCGAGGUCAAGUACGCCCGUCCAGUUAAGCUUCGGACGGUCGGCCCGAUAAGUCCCGUGUCCGAGGAGGCAUCGAUUUCAGAAGACAGUAGACGUUGUAGCACUGAAAGUGGUUCAACCAGCGUGAAUAACGUAAGCGUCUCACACCCAAAACCAACUAGAGUCCAGGCCAAGGGUUUUUCACCAGCAAGUACCUCAUCAAAUAUAUCGACUUUACGAUGUGGUAAAGAAACUAAGGACCGUCGGAAUCGUGAACGUCUUCUCCAAGGACCCGGAUCAGAGUUUAGUUUAGCGAAUCCAGAGACAGAUCUCGAGCUGGAUUACUACGAUUACAAUGUCGUAAACGCUGGAGCAGCACCUGGUUCUUAUUUGGGAAUGGAUCCAGCAUUUCUGGUGUGGAUACCGCCAUUGACGCCCGGUGAGACAGAAAUUCUCGAAGCCAUUGAAGAGGAUCAUCAUUACGAAGAAAUACCAGAUCGCCGAGAAAAGGAGUCACGUUUUAUGGACACUGAAGGAGCUGCUCUCACCCCAGCCGAGUAUCAAAGGGCCCGUAUGCUCAGACAAGACCAAAAAGAUCUAGAUACGGAAAUUCUUGCGAAGAAAUACGAUCCCGGUGAGAGUAGACUUCACGACGAAAUAAUUAUGGAAUACCGGGCGAGGUUACACGAAGGUAUGCUACCGAUUCAUCGGAUUCUCGAAGAGUCUCGAGUCAGAGUGAGUGAGGAAUCUCUUGCUAAACAUUCGCACGACGAUACACCUCAUAUCGAUAUUAUUCCCAAUCGUUUGGUUAACGAAACAGAUAAACGCGUUUCCAAAGAUACUGUUGCCGCGGGCUCUCAUGUUGACUCUAGUGGGAAUAGUCUAAGCUAUUCCGGAGGAACUGGAGGAACUGGAGGUAAAUUUACACCUAAAGCCAAUCGCGAUCGUUUGAUUGAGGAACAAGAGCGAUCUAGAAGUGCGAGCAUACCUAGAAAUAAUAGAUUAAGUAGUGAUGAUGAUAAAAGAAGAACACCGGCGUCUGUUAGAAGCAGAUUACAAGAGUACAUCGAGAGCAGCGCUAAUCAAUGCAAGUACAAUCAAUUGUCUACCGAGACUACGAGGAGCUGCGGUGAGCUGUCGAAAGAACAGAGGAAGAAAAAGCUAGAGGUUAAUCAAUCAUUAAUUGUUAAGGAUAAUAAAAAAUCAUUGAAUAAAUUAAAUGAUUAUCGCGAUGUUGGGAGGAAUGAAGAAUCAAGAGACGAGUUUAUUUUAACUAAGCCAAAGACUCCGGUAAUCGCUAGUAGAAGGUAUAAAGAUGUCGCGGAUUUAAAUUUAGUUAUGGAGAGUAGUAAGGAAAAAAUUUUGACGCAUGUCGAGAGUAUACCGAUGAAGGAGUUUUCGCGUACUAGAAACGAUUCACCAGCACGAGUUCAUAAAUCUAAAGAGACUGAUAAUGAUAUUAAUAAUAUUGUACUAGUGGGAAAAAAACAAUGUCAAAUACAGAGUCCAGAUUACGGAGUAGAGAUGGAUAUUAGGGAUGAAAUUUCACGUGAUUCUAUUUAUGAUUUAAUUGGAGAAGAUGAAGAUGAAUUUAAAUUUGCUGAUGACGAUGAAGAUGAAUAUAUUGAUAAUAAAAUAACAGCAUAAUAACUAUUAUUAUUAUUAUUAUUAUUAUUCGAUAAUUAAAAUAAAUAAAUAAAAAUAAAAAGUGGUUUUCUGUACAGAAUGUGAAUGAUAGAUGGUGAUUGAUAGUGAUGGAUUUUUAAAAUCUAACUGAAAGUACAAUUACCGGAUUUUGUGAUGAUGAUUGAUAGGAUAUGAUGUUUAAAGUUUGUCUAAAGGUUGAAUAUUAACCCUUUUAAACAAAGCUAAUGAAUCGCCGAUGGAAAAAAAAAUUUUGUAUUCCAUAUUCCCUACGCCUCAUUCGAUAAUCACCGAGUAGAAGUAAUGAAUUUUUAAAUUAAAUGUACAACUAUCAAAUCUUGGUGUAAUAUAAAUAUAAAUGUAUAAAAUUUUUUUAUUCGUUUCGGUAGUCUAGGGUCUAGACUGAUUAAACAAUGAGUCCAAUUAAUUAUAGUCUUACUACAGGAUUUUCAUAUCAAUGGGAUUGACAUCCCAUCAAUGAAAAAAAAAAAAAAAAAUAUAAAAUGCUCUAAUUAUUUUAAUUAACGACGGAUAAAUAUGAUUAACGUAUAUUUAAUAUCAAAAGACUGUAUUUUUCGAUUUAAAAUUUCGAGGCUUUACUUACAAUUAGAAAAAUAUCUAAAAAAAUACUGAAUAGAUAAAUAAAUAGCAAAGAAUGAGGCGUGAUAACUCUUUUUUCGUAAACGUGAGAUUAAACUAUAAGAUAUAAAGAAAAAAUCAAAUUUAUUUAUCGCUUAAUAAAAGAAUUUUAAUUUUGUUUAUCUGCUCAUCAAUCAUUGACAUUAAAUUCAUUAUUAUUUAAUAUGUAAGACCAAAUUAAUCACGUGUAAUAGAUUAGAUUUCAUAUAAUUAAACUGAUAAUUUAAAAAAUUUCAGAGAGCGCAAUUUAUAAAUAAUAAUAAUUAAGAAAAGAACAUUAUUGUACCAUAUAAAUGUAUUUAUUUAUAACUCUGUAUUUUUUUCUAGUCAAUUGUUUAUUGUAUAAAAGAAAAAUUAUGAAAUUUCAUUGUAAAUGAUGAAAGCAAAGCUUAUUCAUCUGGACAUUCUACUUUGAGAGCGCAUUAUGAUCAUUUAAUUAAUUAUUUUUUUAUAUUUCGCGUCCUUUAGUGAUUAAUUCCAACGUGAUUGACUGAUAUUAAAUAAUUAUCUAGCAAUUAAUAAAUUAUAUUACAAAUUAAAUCGUC